CUUCUACUUCACCAAGAAUGCUGACCAGAACACAACCAGAACACAACCAACAAUAUAACCCCCAAACCAACACUGAACACUAACGCCAUGUCUUACAGCUAUCCCCCAAAUACCCCAAUCCAUGCUAGACUGGGACAAAGGUCUUGACAAAGAGCUGUCUGUCGUACAAUACGGUGUUUCCUCACUGUCAAAUCAACCUUAUGUGUCCGUGAAAAAGGAUGCAAAUGGUAAGCUUAUAUGGGUUGUAUGGGAGACAAACAAUACUACAAUAGCCCCAACCCAUAUCGCAGGAAGAGAACUACACAUCGUACCCAGAUUCCGCAGGUGUUGGUCUGACAGGGCCAUACUGCCGGAUCCCAUUGCAAGGCGCAUCAACCCCAGGAGAUGCCUAUUGCGGGAAGACCUCGACGCCAUACGAGAGAAGUUUCCGUCUGCAAUAGGCAUCCGCAUCCUGAUCUUGGGAUUCGCCCUUCUGGUCUACUACAACGUCGAUGAUAUACACGCGGACUGGAACGGUGGGGUGCCAGGGUCUCUUGGAGGGCUGUUUGUCAGGUACAUGAUCAAAACGCUCAAUCCGUCAGUUGCUAACAAGCAGGAUGCCGGGUACUACCUUGCAGCACUCGAAGGCAUGGCUGGAAAACCUCUCGCCCGUUUCCAGUUGCCUGAGGAGUACAGUGAACCACCGGACGUCAAUGUAGCUAACGAAUGGGCACCGUAUAAAUACGCUCUCGGCGGAGAACCUGUGGUUACAACUUCCAUCAAAACCGACCACGCACCAAAGAAGGUGUAGAAAGCCGUCAUCGAAUGCGUGGAAUACUAUUGGGAUCACCAAUUCCGCUCGUCCUCAUCCAGCGCUAGUCUACUUUGGAGGACGAGCCAUGAACCGUUACCAUCUAUCGUAUGUGCACAGUCUAGUAGUAUUCUGUGCCUUGGGAAACCAGGUGAAGCCAACGUGAGGCCAGUUGUCUUUCAGAACUACGAUUUUCCAACUGGCAAGUGGCCUUUGCGUGGUGAUAAACG